AUUCCGUCCUGCGCGGCUGUUCUGAGGAACAGUAGUCGUGUGUCUCCGUCCGCCUUCUCUCCCACCUAAGUGCGUGCCACCGCCCCAUGGAAGAUUCGAUGGACAUGGACAUGAGCCCCCUGCGGCCCCAGAACUAUCUUUUUGGUUGUGAACUAAAGGCUGACAAAGAUUACCACUUUAAGGUGGAUAAUGAUGAAAAUGAGCACCAGUUAUCUUUAAGAACGGUCAGUUUGGGAGCUGGUGCAAAGGAUGAAUUGCACAUUGUUGAAGCAGAGGCAAUGAAUUAUGAAGGCAGUCCAAUUAAAGUCACUCUGGCAACUUUGAAAAUGUCUGUACAGCCAACGGUGUCCCUUGGGGGCUUUGAAAUAACACCACCUGUGGUCUUACGGUUGAAGUGUGGUUCCGGUCCUGUGCAUAUUAGUGGACAGCACUUAGUAGCUGUAGAGGAAGAUGCAGAGUCAGAAGAUGAAGAAGAGGAGGAUGUGAAACUUCUUAGUAUAUCUGGAAAGCGUUCUGCCCCUGGAAGUGGUAGCAAGGUUCCACAGAAAAAAGUAAAACUUGCUGCUGAUGAAGAUGAUGACGACGACGACGAUGACGACGACGAUGAUGAAGAUGAUGAUGAUGAUGAUUUUGAUGAUGAGGAAGCUGAAGAAAAGGCUCCAGUAAAGAAAUCUAUACGAGAUACUCCAGCCAAAAAUGCACAAAAAUCAAACCAGAAUGGAAAAGACUCAAAACCAUCAACACCAAGAACAAAAGGUCAAGAAUCUUUCAAAAAACAGGAAAAGACUCCCAAAACACCGAAAGGACCUAGUUCUGUAGAAGACAUUAAAGCAAAAAUGCAAGCAAGUAUAGAAAAAGGUGGUUCUCUUCCCAAAGUGGAAGCCAAGUUCAUCAAUUAUGUGAAGAAUUGCUUCCGGAUGACUGACCAAGAGGCUAUUCAAGAUCUCUGGCAGUGGAGGAAGUCUCUUUAAGAAAAUAGUUUAAACAGUUUGUUAAAAUUUUCCGUCUUCUUUCAUUUCUGUAACAGUUGAUAUCUGGCUGUCCUUUUUAUAAUGCAGAGUGAGAACUUUCCCUACCGUGUCUGAUAAAUGUUGUCCAGGUUCCAUUGCCAAGAAUGUGUUGUCCAAAAUGCCUGUUUAGUUUUUAAAGAUGGAACUCCACCCUUUGCUUGGUUUUAAGUAUGUAUGGAAUGUUAUGAUAGGACAUAGUAGUAGUGGUGGUCAGACAAAUGGAAAUGGUGGGGAGACAAAAAUAUACAUGUGAAAUAAACUCAGUAUUUUAAUAAAGUA